CCCUUUAUAGUCCAUUGUUACAGAAGAAAAAGAGAGAGAAAACUGCUGAGAGUAGACAGCCUGCGUAGUGUAACCUGAGAAACUUCUCAUAGAUCCUGGGAUGUGUAAGAGGGCAGAACCACCAUUGCCACUCAAACACAGGGCAUAGAAUCCCAGCUGUGAUGCACAUUCAGCUGCACAGCACAAAGACUCACAGGGCAUAAGGAUAACCCUCACACACGAGAUCGUUGCACCCACAUCGGGAGGAGGCAGUUUGGGACCGUGGUAACUUGGAUCAGGACAAUACUUAUUUUCUCGCGUGUUUUUGUCGCGUUGUGGAUUUUGGGUCUGUGGAUUAUUGUAUUUGGGAAGAGGUUUGCCUGGCGCUUGCUGGAUGUUUGCUUCAUGAAGAGGACUUGGCGUCCCCCACAGGAGCUGUGCUAAUUUGGGAUAACUUUGCUGCCGUGUUCCGGAACAGCAGUGCUGGAGGAGCUUGUUUUCUCUCAUGAACUGAACAAAUAGGGAUAUUUGUAAUUAGGAUCCCGCUAUUGACAGUUUGCUCACACGUGGUUGUAACCCAGGAGCCCAUGCCAGUCUUACUUGGAACAUUAACAAGAAGCUGCUGCAGUAUGCAGAAAUUUGCCAGUUUCCUGCUGUGUCUGCUGCCUCUGUUCAUGCUAACAUUGUGCCGACCAGCAAUACCUGAUAACCAAAGCAAUCGGAGAGCAGAUUCUCCGGAUUCUCAAGCAGAGCUGGAGGAGCACCUACUGGUUGACCCAGGAAACGCUUUACGCUUAUUUUGUGAUAAAAACCAUAGUAGUAGCAUCAACUGGUAUCGUGGGGAAGAGAGAUUGCUGUCUGGAGGGAAAAUUCGUAUUGUGGGCACUGUACUUGAGGUGUCUGACGUAACGUAUGAAGACUCCGGCCUUUAUUUAUGUGUGAUCCGUGGAACUGGUCACAUCCUAGGAAGGUUCUCCAUAUCUGUUGUAGAUUCUUUAGCAUCAGGAGAUGAGGAAGAUGAUGAAGAUGGACGGAGGGAGGAUUCUCGUGGUGACAUAAGUGAAGAACCAGUAUAUUUAUAUCAAGCUCCUUACUGGACUCAGCCUCAUCGCAUGGACAAGAAACUGCAUGCUGUGCCUGCUGGGAACACUGUAAAGUUUAGAUGUCCAGCUGCCGGAAGUCCCACUCCCACAAUACGCUGGUUAAAGAAUGGCAGAGAAUUUAGAGGGGAACAUAGAAUUGGAGGAAUUCAGCUACGACACCAACAUUGGAGUCUAGUCAUGGAGAGUGUUGUUCCAUCUGACAGAGGAAACUACACAUGUGUGGUGGAGAAUCGGAUGGGAAGCAUCAUUUACACAUACUUAUUGGACGUAUUAGAAAGGUCUUCUCAUCGCCCAAUCCUGCAGGCCGGCCUUCCUGCCAACACAACAGCCCGUGUUGGCAGUGAUGUAGAAUUCUACUGUAAAGUGUACAGUGAUGCUCAGCCACACAUCCAGUGGCUCAAACACAUUGAAGUCAACGGAAGUCGUUUUGGGCCUGAUGACUCUCCUUAUGUGCAAGUGCUAAAGACGGCAGAUAUUAACACAUCUGAAGUUGAGGUACUACACUUGCGUAACGUUUCAUUUGAGGAUGCUGGCGAGUACACUUGCUUGGCCGGAAACUCUAUUGGACUCUCACAUCAAUCUGCAUGGUUGAUAGUCCUUCCAAAGGAAGAUUUCCUUGCGGAGGCUGAGCCAGCAGAGGCGAGAUACAUGGACAUAAUUAUAUACACCUCUGGAUUUCUUGCUGUUGCAAUGGCAGUAGUUAUAGUGAUAUUAUGUCGUAUGCAAACGCCACACAGCAAACAGACCCUACAGCCACCUACUGUUCAUAAACUGACCAAGUUUCCUCUCAUACGACAGUUCUCUUUGGAGUCGAGUUCUUCUGGGAAAUCCAGUGCACCCCUCAUCCGCAUUACUAGACUUUCCUCAAGUUGUGCCCCAAUGCUUCCAGGUGUCAUGGAGGUUGAGUUGCCCUUGGAUGCAAAGUGGGAGUUCCCAAGAGACAGGUUGGUUUUAGGAAAGCCUCUUGGAGAGGGUUGCUUUGGGCAAGUGGUGAGAGCUGAUGCAUAUGGGAUUGACAAAGAUCGGCCUGAAAAGCCUGUCACUGUGGCAGUAAAGAUGUUAAAAGAUAACGGCACUGAUAAAGACCUAUCAGAUCUAAUCUCUGAAAUGGAACUGAUGAAGGUGAUUGGAAAACACAAGAACAUAAUCAAUCUGCUUGGUGUAUGCACUCAAGAGGGACCACUAUUUGUUAUAGUUGAAUACGCCUCCAAGGGAAAUCUUCGUGAGUUCCUGCGUGCUCGUCGUCCUCCAACCCCAGAAGAUGCUUUUGAUGUAACCAAGGUUCCUGAGGAGUUGCUGUCUUUUAAAGACCUUGUAUCUUGUGCUUACCAGGUUGCCCGUGGCAUGGAGUACCUUGAGUCUAAGAAGUGCAUACAUCGGGAUCUAGCAGCCAGAAAUGUUCUGGUGGCAGAGGAUAAUGUGAUGAAGAUUGCAGACUUUGGACUGGCCCGAGGCGUGCAUGACAUUGAUUACUACAAGAAGACAAGCAAUGGUCGGUUGCCUGUGAAGUGGAUGGCUCCAGAAGCUUUGUUCGACAGAGUGUACACACACCAGAGUGACAUUUGGUCAUUCGGAGUGCUCACUUGGGAAAUCUUCACGCUUGGUGGCUCUCCAUACCCUGGCAUUCCAGUGGAGGAGUUGUUUAAGCUACUAAGAGAAGGACAUCGUAUGGAUAAACCAUCAAACUGUACCCAUGAAUUAUACAUGCUGAUGAGGGAGUGCUGGCAUGCCGUCCCAUCUCAGAGGCCCACCUUUAAACAAUUGGUGGAGCAUCUUGAUCGGGUCCUGACUGCUGUAUCCGAGGAGUAUUUGGAUCUGUCUAUGCCAUUUGAGCAGUAUUCUCCUUCCUGUGAAGAUUCUGCGAGCACAUGUUCUUCGUCUGACGACUCUGUAUUUACCCAUGAUUCCGCACCAUCCUCUCCUUAUGUCUUCAAUUACCACAAUGUUCGUACCCAUCUGGGGACCUGAGAGAAUGGAGAUAUUGGGUGCCUGGAUGGUUGGAUAUGGACAACAAAAAUGUUGGGUAUUCCCCAUCUUUAAAGGAACCUAUUACUGAAGAGACUUAACCCAUUCCUGUGUUUUCAGGCUCUGGGAAAACUGCUGCUUUUCUGUUGUGCUCUGAAGAAGACUAAAAUAGCUUCUUGUCAGGCCUCAAUCCAACAGUGCAUAGGAUAAAAAAGCACUGAGUGCCAUGACUAGUUAUGAAAAGCCAAAGCAACCCCAGUUCGUGGUAGGAGUCCUCUGCCUUUUCGUGAAAAUUCAUUGUCUGGAUUUAAAAAAAACUUCCACUCUGGGAAGUACAUUUCCCGGGCCUGUCUUCAAGAAACGUGAAGAAGCACAAUGUCCUGUACAAAAACAGACAGCAUCUUCCAGGCAAAAGGGGAAAAUAUUGCAGUUAUUUGCAUUGGUGAAUGCUAGGUCGGCUAAAGCCAUGUUUUAUAAGUGGCUAUAAAGUGCCUGGAGUUUUUAUUGUGAAUUCAUGUAGAUAUUUUAUAAAAUAAAUAUUUAUGUUCCGUUCAUGAAGCAUAUAAUAGGUCAUGUGAAACUUUUAUUCGAGAAGCAGAGUAAUUUUCUUAAAUUGUUUUGGCAUGUUUGAAUUGGGUUACUCUUCGGACAGCCGUCUAACUUAUCAUUAUUGUUUAUAUUUUGAUGCUAUUUUAUGGUACUAUGAACCUUUUUAUUUUUAAAAAACUUACAAUGAACCAGCCAUAAAAGCUUUUAUACACGAUAGAUAUAUUUAAAACAGAGAAAUGUUGCUCUUUUGCAAUGUACCAAAUCUUUCAUAUUUCUUUUUGAUUUAUUUUAUAUAUUGUAAAAAGUUACUUUUAAUAUAAAGACUUAAAUUAUAUCAACAUUA